AUGCAUUUGGCUACAUUCUCGUCACUUUUCGCCUUUGACGGUACUGCAUAUUUGCAGCUUAGAGGAGUACCAAUGGGUAGCCCGGUCUCAGGCUUAUUGUGCGAGAUGGUAAUAAGAUCUCUGGAAAAUAACGUAUUGCAGAAAUAUGAAGAUAAUAUGAUAAUGUAUGCUAGGUACGUCGAUGACGUAUUUAUUAUUUGGAAUAAUAAACCAGACAUACGCCAAUUUAUUGGAGAUAUAAACAAUAAUAAUUAUGGCCUUGAGUUAGAACUAGAGCAGCAAAAUCAAAAAAGAAUACAUUUCUUAGAUAUAGAGAUCGAAGUCGAUGAAGAAGGGGUAAUCAAUACAAAAGUAUAUAGAAAGCCGACGUACGUUCCGGAUUUGAUACCUUGGUUCUCGCAUGACCCAACAAGCUACAAACUAGCAGCGUUUAGAGCAUUAAUUAAAAGAGCUUACACUCAUUGUAGCAGGAUUUAUGAUACACGUAAAGAGCUGGAGUACAUCGAAAAGCUAGCAAGAGAUGUAGGAAUUAAGGAGAAUAAAAUAAAAGCCUUAAUACGAGCAGAAAAAGAAGGCAAUAAAAGUAAAGUUAAAAGAGAGAAAAAGGAGUUCACUGUAAUGGAAUACAGGGCUCAGUUAAGUAACAUUUACAGAAAAAUAGGAAUAGAAAGCAACAAGAAAAUAGCAUAUAAGAGAAACACGACAAUAUUUCAAAUGCUAAGAAACGACAAAACACCCGUUGACAGGAGGCUGAUCCCAGGUGUAUACAGAAUACCGUUGUAUGAUAGGAGGCUAAAUAAGGAGUUAUAUUAUAUAGGAGCCACUAAAAGAUCAUUAAAUGAAAGAUUGAAGGAGCACAAAAAGAAUGUAAGCUUUAAACAACCAGUCACGGCUUUGGCCAAUUACGCGAUAGCAGAUCCAACAGAGAUCGACAUCAAAUGGAGCAAGGCAGAUGUCAUACAAAAAGUGAAAAAUAUAAAACAUCUAAAAUAUGCAGAAGCCUGGCACAUUUACAAGAGCNACAGACGAUAG